GGCGCUCCGCCGGCUGCUGAUUGUCUCGGGCGCGCUGUCUGUCACCUGCGGCCGUGUGGGGACUCUGGGUCGCUCAGGGAAGCGUUACCGGAGGCUCGGUGGGCCUCUCGAGAGGUUGGUGGGGGGUCCUGAGCCCCGGCUGUGUCUGCGGUGAUGGGCAGCUCUCAGAAAAGACAUACGCAAAGGACGGAUGGAUCCCAGUGCAUAUAUUAAAAGCAUGUUGGGAGAAAGAUAAGGCAGCUCAGGAUGAAUCAGUCUAGAUCUGGACCCGAUGGUGGAGGUGAAGAAGUGUCAUCGCGAGACCAUCGUCAUCAUGAGAAUGAGACAAGGUGGCAGCAGGAGCGUCUCCACAGAGAAGAAGCCUACUACCAGUUUAUUAAUGAACUCAAUGAUGAAGAUUAUCGGCUAAUGAGAGAUCAUAAUCUUUUAGGCACCCCUGGAGAAAUAACAUCAGAAGAGCUCCAGCAGCGGUUAGAUGGAGUCAAGGAACGCCUGGCUUCUCAGCCUGACCCGAGAACUGCGCCCAGUAGCAGCGGAAACGCAGACUCUGCAGUCCCUGGAGAAAGUUCAAAUGAAGAGUCUCUGCUUGAAUGGCUGAACACCUUUCGUCGCACAGGAAAUGCAACUCGAAGUGGACAAAAUGGGAACCAGACUUGGAGAGCUGUGAGUCGAACAAACCCAAACAGUGGAGAGUUUCGGUUUAGUCUGGAAAUCCACAUAAAUCAUGAAAAUAGAGGACUUGAAAUUGAUGGCGAAGAUUACAUGCACAUUCCACUUUCAGAUACUAAUAGAGAUCACACUAGAACUAGACAACAGAGAUCAACCAGUCCCGUGGCUAGGCGGACAAGAAGCCAGACCUCAGUGAAUUUUAGUGGUGGUAGUUCUAACUCUGUGAGGACUAGGCGUGGUUCAAGGGGGCAGAAUUCAGGUGAAGGGUCAUUCUCAACAUUGGGAAGGUUGAGAAAUGGAAUUAGGGGAACAGUUGGCACUCCCAGAACAAAUGCUUCACGCCCUAAUUUCAAUAGUGCACAUCAGUCAGGUGGCAGUGAACUCGGGCAAAGGGAGGGGCAGCGAUUUGGGGCAGCACAUGUUUGGGAAAAUGGAGCUAGAAGUAAUGUUACAGUGAGGAAUACAAACCAAAGGUUAGAGCCAAUAAGGUUACGAUCUGCUUCUGGUAGUCGAAGCCGUUCACCAAUCCAGAGACAGAGUGGCACUGUUUCUCACGAUUCCCCAAGGGAAGGUAGACCUUUACAGCAAAGCACCAGAAGGUCUGUUAGGAGAGGAAGAGGUGUAACGCGUGUCUUUGUAGAGCAAGAUAGAGGACGCAGAGCUGCUGCCUAUACCCCAUUCUCUAAUUCAAGACUCGUGUCAAGGGUAACAGUGGAAGCAGGAGAAGAAUCCAGCAGAUCCUCCACUGCUGUACGACGGCAUCCAACAAUAACCCUGGACCUUCAAGUGAGAAGGAUUCGUCCUGGGGAAAAUAGAGAUCGAGAUAGUAUUGCAAACAGAACUCGGUCUAGAGUAGGGCUAGCAGAAAAUACAGUCACUAUUGAAAGCAACAGUGGAGGCUUUCGCCGAACUAUUUCUCGUUUAGAGCGGUCAGGUAUUCGAACCUAUGUUAGUACAAUAACAGUUCCUCUUCGUAGGAUUUCUGAGAAUGAACUUGUUGAGCCAUCAUCCACAGCCCUGAGGUCAAUUUUAAGGCAGAUCAUGACAGGCUUUGGGGAACUGAGCUCUCUAAUGGAGGCUGAAUCUGAGUCAGAGAUUCAAAGACAUGACCAGCGUUUGCCAGAGAUGCAUUCAGAACUGAGUAACUUAGCUACAGCUCAUGACAACAGCCAGCACAGUGAAGGUUCCUCUCAAGACCUGAGGGUCCAAGAUGACAGCAUUGAAAUGGAUGCUGAAAAUGAGGGCACCCAGCCUCAUACUCACAACCGUGACAGACGAGCUGGGAGGCAGUUGCGCAAUUCAAACAAUUUAGUUGAAACUGGGACACUCCCCAUCCUUCGCCUUGCUCACUUCUUCUUACUGAAUGAAGGUGAUGAUGAUGAUCGCAUCCGUGGCUUAACCAAAGAGCAGAUUGACAAUCUUUCCACUAGGAACUAUGAGCAUAACAAUAUUGAUAGUGAGCUAGGUAAAAUCUGCAGUGUGUGUAUUAGUGACUACGUAACUGGAAACAAGCUCAGGCAGUUACCGUGCAUGCAUGAAUUUCACAUUCAUUGUAUUGACCGGUGGCUCUCAGAGAAUUGCACUUGUCCGAUCUGUCGGCAGCCUGUUUUAGGGUCCAGCCUAGCAAACGAUGGGUGAAGUGAUGGGGUCUUGUCAGAUGAUUGUAUUUUAAUACAGUUGACUAUUCAGGCAUUCUUUAGUUAUUUGUGAUGAGCUAAUAACCAGGAUGAAGAGUAACAGAUUGUAGUUUGAACUAUUUUUUUGUGUGCUUUUUUAACUUGUUAAAAAGAGGAAAUUUAUAUAAAAUUUAAGAUGCAAAUGUUAUAAAUUACCCAAAAGUACAGAAUAUAAUCAAUAUUGUUAUAACCAAAUAACCUUUAAGAUAUCUUUUAUUUUGAUAAUUUUGUCAUGCUAUGCACUUUUGUAUCUACACAGUUCAGUAGGUUAAACAUUGCUGUUCUUUUUCUUAAUAUUACAGCUAAUUUUCCUUGGAUUUUCAAGUUUUGUAGGCAGAGCAUUAUGUCCAGACAGUUGAUGUCUAGAUAAGCCUUUGAAAGAGUGUUUGGCCGAAUGUUUGCUAAAUACAUUUAAGUUACUUGAAACAAUUUAAUCACACCGUGUGUGUGUAGUUAUGUAAUUUUAAGGUUAAAAUAUUCAGGCUAAAAACUUCAAGUUUGAUUCAUAUUUAAGCUUUUGGGACAGUACUGCAUACGGCACAAUGUUUAGUUCUGACAAGAUCAUCUCGAAGUGGACUAAGAUAAUUUUAAAACAAUUUACUAAAGCGUUUCUGACAAUCUGUUACAUUAGAAAACAAGCAAUAUAUAGCACUGAGCAAGUAUUUCUUUAUUCAGAAAUGGAAUGUGGGAAAUUUAGAACACAUAGGUUAUUUAAUUUCAGUCUUUCUGUGACUUCUUUUGAAUGUACAAAUAAUUCUUUGUACUAUUAAGUGAGGUAUUCAGUAUGCAUGGUUUCUCAUAUUUAAUUUUGAAAUCUAAAAAAUGUCUAUAAGGAAUCAGAUGCAUAGACAUGUUAAAUUUACUUGGAAGCCAGAAAACUCCAAAUAAAAUAUCUUUAAGACAAUGUAAGCUUUAUAAACACAAAAUAUGCAUUGAUGAUCUCUUUCUGCCAAUAAAUAUUAAACCAAAGGUUACACGUGAA